GAGAACCAUUUACCCCAGCUCAAAGCUAUUUAAAAAGUGCUACUGUGUAAAGUGAUCAGUGUUUUGUGGAACAAUGGUCAGUAUGUUAUGCCUCAGCUGGCCAUGUUGCCCAGGCUGCCGUUGCUGCCCCCCACUGCAAAGGACUGAUCAAGAAUGCUGUUCAUGCUGGCGUUUUUUCUUCACUGAUGAGCGGAAUUGUAGCUGUUGCCCCUGCCCAUAUGCAGAAGGCAGAGCUUGCCAGUGUUGUCACUGCUCGUGUUCAGAGAAUCCAAAUUGUCGUUGGUGCUGCUGCUCCUGUUCAAAUGACCCAGACUGCAAAUGCUGUUGCUGUACUUCAGAGAACACCACCUGCCAAUAUUAUGAAAGCAGAUGCUGCAGGAAUACCCUCUAUGCAUCAUACCUUCCCAGAGCCAGAAGACGACACCAUUCAAAAGUUGCCUUACCAAGGUUUCGAAGUAAAAGUGACACAUCAAUCAUUACACUGGAGAGAGAUGCAUCAGGACAUGCUUUUCGUGACCAGCUCACUUGUCCAUUGUGUAAACAACUAUAUCUCUACCCAUUUAUGCUGCCAUGCAACCACUGCAUUUGUGAGAAGUGUAUAGAUAAAAGAAAAGCCCAGGCUGAAGUAACUGAGAACUUCUUCAUCAUCAUAUGCCCAGUGUGUGUGAAAGCACACUGCCUCCCUUACACUAAUAAAAUACAGCUGAACAUGAAUUAUUUGAGAGCCAAACUAGCUAGGAGAUACAUGCGCAGACAUGGCUUUCUGAGGUGGAGAUUUGACAAAACCCGAGCAUCAAUCUAUUGUCAACUUUGCAAAGAGAAGACAAAGAAGGCAUCCAAGAGAUGUCUUACAUGUCGAAUGAAUUUUUGUAAUGAGUGUCUAAGGUUAUAUCACAGCGAGGUCAGCCAUCAAGAUCACAUAUUUACCAAAGCCUACCAAGAAGAACAAGGCGAGAGCUGUUGUUUGUUCCAUCCCCAUUCAAACCUCUCUGGCUACUGUCUCGAUGACCAUGAGCUAAUCUGUCAAUUCUGCAAGGACACACUGCACAACGAUCAUGAAACUCUACCCUUGCCGCUGGCUUGUUCAAAGGAGGCUGCUUCACUCUUCAGUGCUAUUGCCAAGUUUAAAAAAGUCCGAUAUGGGGUUGAUAAUGACCUAAUGGAAAUGCUUUUGCUAAAAAACAAUUUUAAGUCCUACAAGGAAACUAAAAGGAAAGAAAUCAGAAAUGGAUUCCUCAAAUUACGGAAUAUUAUCCGUGAACAAGAGAAGGAGAUGACGGAAUUUCUUGAGAACAUUGAACUUAAAAAAGAGAAGGGAAUUCUAGAGUACGUGACUCACACAUCCAGAAAAAUCUCUCAAAUGGACAGCCUUAUUCAGUAUUCUAAGGAGGCUUUGAAAGAGGAAAACCAGAUUGCAUUUCUUCAAUCUGCAAACGUUUUGGUAAAUGAAAUAGAAGAUGCAAUUGCUAAUAUUUAUCAGCCCAGUGCUCGACUCAGAGAAGAUCCUAUUCAGAACCUAAAACUCAACUUUGAAGAACUUUCAGCCAACAUGCAUGACCUUUUUCAAACACCUGUUAGAAUGAAGCAAUCAGCUGAUAAAGCAAACAAAGCUCCUUAUCCCUGUAAUUCAGACAUAAUGGUUCCUAGGAAAAUUUCCAGUACCCACACAGAAAGGCAUACAAGUGUGUUCCGAAGUCCAUCUUUAUCAACCUUAAAUUCACAGUAUGAAUCAACUAUGAUGAAGAAAGAAAUAUCUAGAAGAUCAAGUUCCACACCUCCCCCUCAUUAUAAAGAACGUAAUGAAAUGUUUACAUUUUGGGAUGCAUCUACUCAAAUUUCAAGAAAAGAAAGAAACCAUCAAAGCACUCAGAGUCCAGAGCCAUACCACAAUGGAUCAGCUCUGUUUCCAGGCCUAGUUAUCAUCUACCAGACACUUGUGUAUCCAAGAACAGCCAAAAUUUACUGGACGUGUCCCACUGAAGACGUGGAUUUCUUUGACGUAGAGUUCUAUGAAGUUGUUUCUAUUAGUCCUGAUAACAUUGUCCAGACACAAUUAGCCGGAGAACUGCAUGGGAUAAUGAAUCAGAACCUUGAAUUACAUAAUCUGGAGCCAAACACAGAGUAUCUCUUUAAAGUUCGGGCUGUCAAUGUAAAUGGCCCAGGUCAAUGGAGUGAAAUUUGUAAGGUGGUUACUCCGAAUGUGCAUGAGAAAGCCAGAGGCCGAUGGGGCUUGCUGCGAAGUAUCCAAUCUGCUUUUUAUAAACAACUAUAAGCUUCAAAGAAACAAGACAGUAUGUUUUGUUUUGUUCUGUUUUUUCUUUUUAAAGAAAAGGUCAGGAAAAAUCUAUUAUAUUUUUUGAAUGAAGCUAGUAUGCAGUCUAAGAUCUGAAAGCAAACUCUUCAAAAUAAUAUCUCCUUCAAAAAAAUAAAUAUC